AUUUGAAAUUAGGCAACAAUGCACAGCAGGUCAGAUAAGAAGAACUUCUUCCUUGGAAAGAUUGGCUCCUUUGAUUAUGACACCAGAAGUAUCACAAAAUCAAAAGCAUCUAAUCUUAGUUUGGAUCCUGGAACUAUCUGCAAAAGUUUGAUAAAAAUAGGGCUUGAUAAUAAGAUGAAUUCCACUAAAUAACAGCACUUCUCAUCGAGUGAAUGCCAAAUUAAAUACAAAUCACAUAUCUUCUUCUAAGAAGAAAAAGAAGGGGCUUAGCAAGAAAGGCACUACUGAGAAGAGAUCAUCCAAGAAUCUUACAAAGACUUCUAAAAUGGUCAGUAAAUUAAAUUCCACAAUUCAGAACUUGCACUGUGCAAAGGUUAAGCCAUGAGGAAAAUCAAGUAACAAAAAUUUCUCAGUCUUUAAGAAAUACCUAAACCCUGGACUAAAAUCCCAGUACAUCUCUCCGAGUAGUAACAAGAGCUCGAUUCUGAAGUCCAUAAAUCUGCAAGGAUUUGAGAAAAAGAAGGUCAAGGGUUCUUCCAGGCCCAAAUAAAAUAAUUAAUUACACAACUAUUAGGAAACAAGUGCCUAGCUUUGAGAGAAGUGCUGACAGCAUUGGCUCGACCAUUAAGAUCCUGAAGUACCCCAAGGGCUCGAAGGAGAGCUCUAUUUCAUCUAAGAGUGGCUCUGUGAUAAAAUACAGUAACUUAAGUAACAGCACGAUGAAGAAUCUGACAUGUAAAUCUAUAUCGAUAAACCAAGGGAAAUCUCUUAAUAACUCUAAAGUGAUACGGUUCAACAGGUAUAAUAAAGAUAGCAGGAAGAAAUCCAAGCAAUCUAAGAAGGAAGAUGUAUCCAAAUGCGAGAUUGACUUGUCAAAGAACAUGCCAAAGGUCAGUGCGAGGAGAAAGAGAGCUGGCUCUAAGAAGGAAUCCAAAGCUACUCUAGAAGAAAGUAAGAGUACGAUACAGACAAUGAGAUCUCCUUCGAAUAAGAUUACUAGCAGAGAUACAGACAAAACUUUCCCAUUGACUCCUGGAAGAGCUCUUAAGAUGUACAUGGACAAGGGUCUUACAAAAUAUGAGCAAUCUGAGAUUUUGGAGUUCAAAGAAAUUUAUUUUGUAGGGACCACUGAGAAGAAGAUUCAGGGUACUGGUGAUCCUAAUAAUAAUUACGGCUACGAUGAUGACAGAGGGGAUUACAAAACUGUUGAGAACGAUCAUAUCAACUACAGAUAUGAAAUAUUAUCCACCCUUGGACAAGGCAGUUUUGGAAAAGUCUAUAAAGCUUUUGAUCACAAAGACAAGAAGUUGAUCGCCAUCAAGAUCAUCAGAAAUAAAAAGAAGUUUGAAUUCCAAGCAAAUGUUGAGAUAAAGGUUUUAAGAGACAUCAAGAAGCACGACUCGAAGGAUAAAAGCAAUAUUAUCAAAAUAAUAGAUGAUUUCAAAUUUAGAAGCCACAUUUGCUUAACGUUUGAUCUUUACUCUAUUAAUCUCUAUGAACUUAUCAGAUCAAAUGACCACAAAGGGUUUCCAAUUGAUAUAGUUAGGAGGAUUGCGAUUCAGAUCCUUCAAGGGCUCCAGUUUAUGAAGAAAAGAGAAAUUUGUCAUUGAGAUCUCAAGCCUGAAAAUGUUCUACUAAAGAAGAAUAACAAAACAGGCAUUUAAAAUCAUUGAUCUUGGCAGUAGUUGCUUUGUAAAAGACCAAGUGUAUACUUAUAUCCAAAGCAGGUUCUAUCGUGCUCCUGAAAUCAUGCUUGGCAUUCCAUACACGACUGCAAUUGACAUGUGGAGUUUUGCCUGCAUCUGUGUAGAACUAUACACUGGCUUUCCUUUGUUCCCAGGAGAAUCAGAGGAAGAGCAGUUCUCUCUCAUAAUGGAAUACAAGGGUAUUCCUCCAAUAAAUCUUCUACAGAAUUCCACUAGGAGAGAUAUUUUCUUUGACGAGGAGUUAAAUCCUCGGAAAGUCAAAGAUUCUAUCGAGGACAUAAUUGAAAUCAACUCAAAAGCACUCUCAGAGUUGCUUUAUAUGGGAGUGCCUGAAGAAGAGAAGGAAAUCGUCACCCCAUUCAUUAAAUUUAUCGAUGCCUGACUUCAUUGGGACCCGAACCUGAGAUUAACUCCUAAUGAGGCUUUAAGGCAUGAAUGGAUCAGCUCUAUUUUUGAUGAAAAGUAAUCCCUUAAUUAUUUAUAAUUGUUUCUAUGCUGGAUAA